CUACCAGUGGAAAAAUGUGAAUUACAGCACUGCGUGGUGGACAUGCGCGAAGCUGCAGCGAAUAUGGCGGCUUGCAUCUGUUAGAAAGUGGAAUCUCCCCUCAAAAUACGCUACUCAGACGUGUCUGUGCAGGUAAAAUCCUUCCUGACUUCGCCUCUCCUGCAGCAGCAAGUUGAACUCUUGUCAUCAUGGGUCGUACACCACACAGAGAUCAAAAAGAGGAGAAGGAGAGACCGAGCAGCAUCACAGCAGGGUCUGCCCUCGACAAAGCUAACGAACCGUUCAGUUGGGAGGACUAUUUGAGAGAAACGUCCUCCAUUGCAGCAUCGCCUGCAUGCUUCAAACAGUCCCGUGUCCCCCCCUCCAACGACUUCAAAGCCGGAAUGAAACUUGAAGCUCGGGACCCUCGAAACUCUCACUCUGUGUGCAUCGCAACCGUGAUGGGCAUGAUGGGUACGCGUCUACGCCUGCGACUGGACGGCAGCGACAACACCAACGACUUCUGGAGGCUGAUCGACUCGUUAGAAAUCCAACCAAUAGGAACCUGUGAGAGGAACGGAGACAUGCUGCAGCCACCGCUUGGUUUCAGGAUGAACGCCUCCUCGUGGCCCAUGUUCCUCCUGCGCACUCUGAGUGGAGCAGAGAUGGCCCCCGCCUCUGCUUUUAAAAAGGAACCAGCCAGUCCCGUUAAAAACUACUUCCAGCCUGGAAUGAAGCUGGAGGCGGUGGACAGGAAGAACCCCUAUCUGAUUUGUCCAGCCACAGUGGGAGAGGUCAGAGGUCAGGAGAUUUUCGUAAUGUUUGACGGCUGGCGAGGCGCCUUCGACUACUGGUGCCCCUUCGACUCAAGAGACAUCUUCCCCGUGGGCUGGUGUGCUCUGUCAAAACACAGCUUACAGCCGCCCGGAAACUUCUUUACCCUCCCUGGUGCACUCCUCGCUCCUGUAUCCUCCAUCUCACCCUCCCUCUCCACUCGUCGCUCCUCGUUCAACUCUUCCUCCUCCAUGCAGACCUCGUACAGACUGCCCAACCCCUUACCACCCCUCCCUGUGCGCAAGGGUGUCCGAGGUCGGCGUCCCAAAUCCCAGACCAUCGCUUUGUUGAAGGCAGCGGCCGAAGCUGCGGCGGCAGCCGCAGUUAAUGGAGCAUCGCAGAGCCCUGCCAGGACCGGCUCUGAGGCUCAACUGGCCCCCAGACCACACAAGAAGAGAGGGCCUAAACCCAAGAACAAGAAGAAGCCUCAGGUGGGUCACUCCCUGGGGGUGCCAUCGGUUACAGCGCCGCCUCCUGAGACCAGACUGAGCUCCAUUCUUGUUUCCUCAGACAACAACCACAGCAACGGCUCCAAUGUAGUUUGCACAGUGUGUGUCUAUGUGAACAAACACGGUGACUAUGGUCGGCAUCUUGACAGAAAACUAGUACAACAGCUCCCAGACCACUUUGGUCCAGCACCAGUCAACGCUGUGCUCCAGCAAGCUGUUCAGGCCUGUGUGGACUGUACGUACCAGCCCUCUGUGCUGCUGUCCUUCCUACAGAGCCAGUCUCACACCGGAGGCGAAGUCAUCAGAGUACGGUCUGAGCAUGGUAUCCGCUAUGUGAAGCUGCCCUCGGCCUCCAGCACGUCUUCUGUGCUGCGGUUUCUGGAGAACAUGUGCCAACAUCUAGAGAGCGACAGUUUGUUCAGCUCGCAGCCAUUCAGCGCCUUCACCAACAACACGCGCUUCUACAACCGGACAAAGUCAGAACCAGUGUCCCACACUGAGAAUGGCCUGUCCAAAGAUGACUCCACUAAGGAUCCAGCUCCCAGCACCCGCUCCCUUCACAACCCAUCAGACUACAGAGCAACAAAGAAGGAGCGGCCAUAUUUCCCUGGACAAACACACACACCGCCACCCCUAAGACGCGUCAGCUCCAACCCUACUGAGCACACCAAUAUGAGUGCCCAGAGACGGGUAGAGGCAGCGAGCUCAACAACCGGUCCAGACCAUGUGAAACAGGACAAGGAGGGUUCAGUAAACGACGCUUCUUCCUGGUCAGUCGAUGAUGUCAUACGGUUUGUCCAGGAGGCUGAUCCUCACACUCUUGGCCCGCAUGUCGACCUGUUCAGGAAACAUGAGAUUGAUGGCAAAGCCCUGAUGUUGCUGCGUAGUGAUGUCAUCAUGAAGUACAUGGGACUAAAGCUGGGGCCGGCGCUCAAACUCUGUCAUCACAUCGAGAAGCUUAAACAGACCAAGCAAUAGAGGAUGAAGGCUCUCUUUUUAUAUUGCUGGCAGAUUCACCUGAAUGAGGGGUGAAGCUAUCGCCUAGGACACUGAGUUCAAGUCUUCCUUUCUUUGUGAAUUUGGGGGUUUUAAUAACCUACAAGGAUUUUACAAAAAGAAACAUACACACGAUGAGGAUUUUAAAAAACUGAUUUCAGUAUUUUUUUUUUAAAUAAGCUGUUGAAAUAUGACUACUUUUAGCCACAAAAUAUCAUACGCCAUACGUCACUACAUGAUAAACAUGGACUGACUCGACUUGCUUUGAAUUGUUCAUUUAUGCUUUUCAAUGGGUAUAUUAUAUGGACAGCACCUGUGACCUAGUAUUUUUUUAAAUUACCUUGGCUGAAGUUUCAAGUCACAGCAUCAAAGUGCUGCUCUCACGUGAUUGGUCAGAGAGAGCCCUCAAUUGCGCGUCAGUCAUGGGACACAGUACACAACCCCAACACCUACUUUGGUGUUCUGUUUUUGAGGGAAAUACAUUUGUGGUAUUUUCUUAUUACUUCGCACUUACUACUACUGGACAGGAAAUGAAGUAACAGCCAGGUAGAGAAGAAGUAUGGCAUGAUUUAAAAAAGCUCAUCGUUGGUUGCACACUAGCAAUGCUCUUGCUUUUUAGUGUGGGCUUUUAACCAGUCAGAUGCAAAGGCCUGAUAACUGACAUAUUUUAACAUUAUACUACAACACUUCCAUGGCUAGAGUUAACUGUUUGCAUUUAUUUCCCCUAUGUAUGUCAUCAAUGCAACAGUGCAAAUAAAGCAGAGAAAGUCCUUGUGCCCCGAUCCAAGGGAAGUCAAAAAGAGUCAAAACUAUGCUCUGUUGAAGUGCGGCUAUGAUACAUCUAUAGCCUUUUGUUGCACAAAGGAUGUGAAACAACACUUGAAACCCUCAUGCGGGAAAAAACAACAACACAAGGAAUGAUUUAACACUUAACUGAAUAAAUGUAAUAAUCAAACUCAAUGCAUAAAAACAUUAAAUUCAACAAAUGAAGUUAUUUAAUUUGAAAUCAAAUUAAAAUUAGUUUUUGUUUCAAAAUGUGCCCCAAUGGCACUGAUUUUGAACACUUUUCAACAGGUUAAUUAUAUUGCAUAAGGGUCAUGACCCAGAGCAGAUAUCUGAGCUUAUGCAUGACUUCUGUUAAUGUAAGUUUAUUUUUUGCCUUAUUAUGAACCACUGUAGCACAUCAAGCUAUCAAAUGUAUGUAGUUCACCUCUUUAGCCUUUUACACACCAACAUCAGCUGAAGGUUUUCUAUCUCUUCAGAUUAUAAACUGUUUUUUUUUUUUCAUUUAUAGUUUAAGGCUGGAUUCUCAGUGAAUGUCUCCCUGUAUCGUUUCUAACAAUGCAACAUUAACGCAUUAAUGUUUCUGAAUGAUUUUGUCUGUUGGAGAAAGUCAGAUUUGGUUAAUGCAAGCCACUGAUUGUAUAAUCAUUACGUUGAUUGCGGUGCAAACAGGUACUUAACCUCAAGAAUGCUCCAGGUACGUGCAUAAGAAGUGAAGGAAGGGUUGCAUUAAUAAAAUCAGGAGAAGUCUUAUUAUGUCCUGAAGUGAAUCUUACACAGAUUACUCCUGUUUUUCACGAGUUAGGUUUGGUUGAAUUAAAAUAAAUUUUCUUUACAUGGUGGAUACUUUGUUUUGGAAGAAAACCUUUCAUUAGUUUCUGCAGGGCAGGCUGCACACAUAGAAAAUCCGGGACUGACUCUUAUUUGUGUCUGUUUUUGAGUACUGGAAGACAUUCAAGCUUUUGGUUUCAGCUUGAAUCAUGACAUGACUACAUGAUUGUAAUAUUCUUUGAGAGACACACGUGACACACAAAGUUGAAUGCCAUCAACUGUCUAGUUUAAGUGCUGUACAGAACAAUGAGGAUCUCCUGAGCAAGUACAUGAUGGACAAAACUGCUUUGUAAAAAGUUACUAGAUUUUCUUUUUUAAACAAAGUGUAUCAACUUGUAUGAGGCGUAAGUGUUUUUGCGUGCACCAUCACAUAACUAUACCUACAGGAAGAUGUUGUGUCUUUGUAAAUAAUCACAUGUCUAAAAGUAUUUAUCAGUUUUUGAUGGCAGAAAUCCCAAAUUUUCUGAACAUUUCAGAACCAAUUUUCAAACCAAAUCAUGUAGCUGUUUAUCACUCUGUUGCUCUCCUGUAGUGUUAACAAGUUGAUACUUGAAAUGAUUUUGCUUUAAUGUGAAACUCAGGUUUUAGUAGGGGUUGUUUUCUAGAGGAUGUUUUACAUCAUUAGCAUUGUGUGUUAAUUAAUACAACAUAAAGGGACUGCACAAUAACCGACUAUGUAUAUUUUUUAAUGCCUUGUGAUCUAUUGCUUGCAGCAUCUCAUGUAUAUAUGCGAUUUUUUACUGUAAGUUCAACAAAAUAUGUUUGUUUAAUAUGUUUGAUAUGCAUUCACACUAUUAAACAUUUCUGUACAUCA